CCGGCGCGCAGGUCGGUCGGCGGGAGGUGGGUGCCUGCAGGUCCUGGGUUCCAAUCCCGCCUUGGCCGCCUGUCAGCCGUGCCCCGUCGGGCCAGUCACUGCCCUGGGCCUCCGUUGCCUCCUCUGGAAAAUGGGGCUCGAGGCCGUGAACCCCGAGAAGGAGCGUGGGGAGGCAGAGGUCACGGGGUCAAACCCCGCCUCCGCCGCUUGUCAGCUGGGGGACUUGGGCCGAGUCCCUUCACUUCUCUAGGCCUCAGUUGCCUCAUCUGGAAAACGGGCAUUAAGACGACGUUAGAAGGAAGGCCUGCUCCGCACUUUGGGGUCCCCUUGCCUCGCUCCUCCUCUUCACCAUGCCAGCUGGGGUGUCUUGGUCAAACUACUUGAAAAUGCUCAGCGCUACCAUGUUAACAAUGCUUGCAGGAGCAGAAGUGGUGCAUAGGUACUACAGACCCGAUCUUACUAUCCCUGAAAACCCACCCAAGCCGGGCGAACUCAGAACGGAGCUGUUGGGGCUGAAAGAAAGACAGGAUGAAGUUCAAAUUUCUCAACAACGGUGAUCAUUUGGUACAUCUAAAGUGGAAAAUCAAUGUUUGAAUUUAUUUUUCUGUCUAUCAAGUGUCAAGCUACUUGACUUACUGUAUGUAAUGUAAAGCCACACAUGCUGAGGUUGUUCAGAAGAGCUUCAUGAAUUACGUUUGAACUGAUGUUACUGAAGAAGUUUAACUAGAUGUGCCACAUGAGCUAUUGGAAAAUGGCUUUGAGGAUGUUUCGGUUUGGUCUUCAAUUUUUCUAAUGCCCAUUAAAACACCAUGCACAUCUACCUACUUUGAAAAAUUUGAAAUAUAGUGUAACAAUUGAACUAUUUAGAAUGAGUAUAAUAAAUGACAUUUUCAGUAAAUCA